AAAGUACAUUAAGCCCAUUUGUUCAGUUGAAUCAAAGAGAGAAAGAGAGAGAACAAGCAUCCAUGGCUUGAAGGAAAAGAAAAGUUUCUCACUGCUUUCUUUUUUAUAAACCCUUCCAACAGCGAAACGAGAGCGAAGAAUAGAAAAAGAACAACAGAAAGACAGAAAAGUUAACAAGCAAUAAUGUUUAGGAAUCAGUACGACACAGAUGUGACGACAUGGAGCCCAACGGGUCGUCUCUUCCAAGUAGAAUACGCCAUGGAAGCAGUGAAGCAAGGAUCCGCCGCGAUUGGACUCAGAUCUCGCUCCCAUGUCGUCCUCGCUUGCGUUAACAAAGCCCAAUCUGAGCUCUCUUCUCACCAGAAGAAGAUAUUCAAAGUCGAUGACCAUAUUGGCGUCGCAAUAGCUGGUCUCACCGCCGAUGGUCGCGUUCUCUCUCGUUAUAUGAGAUCGGAAUCAAUCAAUCACUCUUUCACUUACGAGUCUCCUCUUCCCGUUGGCCGUCUCGUCGUUCAUCUAGCCGAUAAGGCCCAGGUCUGUACCCAACGCUCAUGGAAACGGCCCUAUGGCGUGGGCUUGCUGGUAGGUGGAUUGGAUGAGUCAGGAGCCCACCUUUACUACAACUGCCCAAGCGGAAACUACUUCGAGUAUCAAGCUUUUGCUAUCGGGUCCCGUUCACAAGCCGCAAAGACCUAUCUGGAACGUAGGUUUGAGAGCUUUGCGGAUUCUUCAAGAGAAGAUCUGAUAAAAGAUGCGAUCUUGGCUGUUAGGGAGACACUGCAAGGAGAAACACUGAAGAGUUCUCUAUGCACCGUCUCUAUUCUAGGAGUUGGUGAACCUUUCCACUUCUUGGACCAGGAAACGAUACAGAAAGUGAUUGACACAUUUGAGAAAGUUUCGGGGGAAGAGGAAGGCGAGGGCGAGGAUGGUGAAGGUGAGGCUGAAGCUGCUGCUGCGGCUGCUACUGCACCAGCAGAGCAAGGUGGCCAAGACGUGGCUCCAAUGGAAAUAUAAGGCUUUUGUGUGAUCGCUUGGAUUAUUUAAAUUGAUGUUAGUUGGAUUUUACUUUGGAUAAUUUCAUAUGAAUCAUUUGCAAAUGGCUGCGGAUUUUUAGAUUGUAUGCUCGAAAACCUCGCGAGUUGAAAAUCAUUUGGUCAUAUUAACUUAAUAGCUGCUGCUAAGACUCUUGUAGUUUUGCUCUUUUGGUUUAAGUCUGUUCACUAUCUCAUUUGCUGAGUCAAA